UAGGAGCUCUGAACAUAGCAAUCAUUGAAGUUGCAAAAAAUCAACAUUUGUUGACCACUAUGAACAACUUUGGAAUACCAAAUACAUUUGUGAUCGUUACUGAUGGCAAAUUGAAGUGUACAUUAUGUCCCCAUUUAACUGAGGACCUCAAAGCAAUGAGAGAGCACCUGAGCACCCACCCAGUUUACAGAUGCCAGCAUUGUACCUUUGCUACGUAUGAGAAGUACAACUUUGAGCACCAUUUGACAGCACAUGAUAAAACAAAUGUGCACCAGUUGAAGAAUCAAUUCUGCAGCAGCGGUGAAAAUAACUCCCCCUGCAAAGAAACACCCAUUACAACAACCAGCAAAAUAUUCAUCAUAAAAUCCCCCAAGAAGCAUUACAGUUCCCUUUCAGAUCUCAAGUCUUUCAAGUCCUUUACAAGGCACAGAUACUCCAGACAAAACCGGCACCAUGACCAGCUCAGCUCAAAAACAAAGCCUGCAGAGAAGCAAUCUUUCCGUGACCACGCCUGCCUUAACAAUUGCGCGCAGAAAGACACGCAGAAUGUGUGGAGACACAAGGAUGAAUAUCUUCACACUCAGGUCGACAGUUUGCAUGGCAAAGAAUGCAGUGAGACAGAUCCAGAUGCUGACUCUCAAAGGCCUUUUGCACCUGUCAUGCAGGGUGCCGGUAACCAAGCAUCGACCUUUUCCGUUGACAGUAAAGGUACCUCAGUCCCUUCCAUGAUUGAACCAAAAUCUGUGGAGCAAGGCAACAAAAAUGAAACCGUGGAAGGCAAUGGCAGAUUAGGAUCUUCCAGCUCUUGGAAUGUGCUCGGCACCUCUCCUGGCAAUACGUUCAGUGUACCAGCUUCCCCUUUGCAGUCAUUGCAUCAUUGCAGGUAUUGUGACUCUUACUAUGCAGAUGCCACCAUGUAUACCAUCCACAUGGGCUGCCACAGCUUAGAACAUCCUUUUAAAUGCAAUAUUUGCGGGCAUCAAUGUGCAGACAAAUAUGACUUUACAUGCCAUUUCAUUCAAGGACCUCACAGGAAGACUGAUCCCAACUAAUGAAAAUAAAAUCCAACACUGAAAUGAGCUAAAAACAGAAGUCGCUGCUGUUAUAUUAUAGCGCAAGCUUCGCAAGUGAGUGCUGGGUUCGAUUCCCAGUGGGACAAAACCUUAGGCAAGUUUCCUUA